AUGGCCCUUCUCUCCCUGGUCCUGCUCCUGGCCUGCCUGGGUGGUACUUUGAGCCACCGGUUGCAGGCGCUGCGGGCGGCCUGGGCGGUGGAAGAGACCGGCGCAGAGCAAAUUCAGGGCGAGCUGCUCAAGACGCUGCCGGAAAGAGGGUUUUCCCUGGGAGGUUACCCCAUCUUCAGGCCGCCCCGAGAACGGAGCGUCCUCUUUCUGCAAGGGGCCUUGGAUGCGGGAGCCGGCAACGCUACUUGCCAGCAACAGUUGGGCGGACUCCUGAGAGCUCUCAUCGCUGCCUGUGUCGAAAAGGUACCGGGUGGACAGGUGGAAAAGGCAUUGAACGAUAUGUUCUUCCCUGGAUUGAAGCCGAAGACCUGCACGGAGAGUGUCGAAGACAUCUUCCUUCACGGCGAGGACUUGGUCGGCGCCUAUCGCGUGCCCCAGGAGCAGAUGCUAAAUCUCAAGGUGCCAGAGGCGACUCUACCCUUAGUGCAGAGCCUGCAUUUCCUUACCUGGUGGCUCGUGCCACUGGCGAUUGCCAAAAAGGACGCACUUAUUUGGGCUGGUUUCUGGACGAAUCCUCAGGAUCCACAAGGCAGCGAGAGCAGGACCUCGCGCCAGAAACUCUCCGAGUUUGCGUUGCGAACCGAGCACGACACUGUGCAUCCUGACACAGUUCUGGGAACUCUCGUCGAAAAGCAUGGAAUGUUGGACCACUGCUCCGACACCACGGGGAAGGAACUGGCGGACAACAUGUGGAAGCUGGCAAGCUUUGCCUUCGUCUCCGGCAUGCGAGAGAAAGGUCAGAACGCCAUCGUUGCUUUGGUGAAUAAGGCGUUUGAGGGCGAGCGCUCCUUGCAAAGGUCAGUUCUCUUCAAAUACGAGGUGCCGACGCUGGGGCUUGCGGCGUGGGGCCUGGGCUACUGGUCUCCCACCGUGCUCCUCAUCGACUUGAAAGGCACGUGUGCCCGGACGAGCCCGGCGCUGCGCAGGCAGAUGUUUGGAGCUCUGAAACCUUGGUUUUUUGACAAAAAGAAGGAGUUCUGGAGCGCAAGCGAUUUUUGCACCAGGUCUCGCCUCACCUGGCAGUGCAUGGACUGUCCGGAGUCCAACUGCGAACUCGAUGAGCGCCUGGCCCGGUGGGUGAAAGGCUUCCAGGAGGCGAAAAUGAAGCAACACAAGAAAGACGAUGAACUGGCCGACGCAACAUGCUUCCGCAGGGAUGACGUGGUGGGUCGCUUGCUGGAGGAAAAGGCAGACCUUCGCUACCAGGAGCCCUUUGGAGGCAACACCGCCCUGCACCACGCGGCGCAGCACGGGGGUGUGGCAAUGGUAGAGCUUCUGCUCAUGAAGAAUGCCGACGUCCAUGCCAGGGAUAAGUUUGGCAACACCCCGCUGCAUCUGGCCAUCUCAUACUUUGCAGUUGGCAGGGGAAUUGAUCAUCCUGCGCUUGGCAGGAGGAACUACAAGCUUGCGAAGGACAUGGUACACGUACUCUUGAAGGGCAAGGCAGAUGUGCAGGCCCGGGAUGACGAGGGAAGGACUGCCCUCCAACUGGCGCACGAGCAGGGCGACAAGCUGGAUCCUGCCAUGGUGCAAUUGCUGCAGAAGUGGAAACAGGACGUUCCGGAACAUCCUCUAACAUGA